GGCGCCGGCGCCGCUGCCGUCGGGGGCCGGCGACCCGGGGGCGCCCUGGCCCGGGGCGGCCGCGAGCUGAACGGCACCGCCCGAGCGCCCGGCGUCCCGGAGGCGGGGAGCCGGCGGGCACAGCCCGCGGCGGCCGUGGCGGCAGCCAGCUCCGCCGUCACUUACGAGACGUGCUGGGGCUACUACGACGUGAGCGGCCAGUACGACAAGGAGUUCGAGUGUAACAACAGCGAGAGCGGCUACCUGUACUGCUGCGGCACCUGCUACUACCGCUUCUGCUGCAAGAAACGCCACGAGAAGCUGGACCAGCGCCAGUGCAACAACUACCAGAGCCCGGGGUGGGUCCAGACGCCCAGCACCAAGGUGGUGUCGCCGGGGCCCGAAAACAAGUACGACCCGGAGAAGGACAAGACCAACUUCACCGUCUACAUCACCUGUGGGGUGAUCGCCUUCGUCAUUGUGGCCGGUGUCUUCGCCAAGGUCUCCUAUGACAAGGCCCACCGCCCUCCGCGGGAGAUGAACAUCCACAGGGCGCUGGCUGACAUCUUGAGACAACAGGGACCAAUCCCCAUAGCACACUGUGAAAGAGAAACGAUCUCGGCUAUCGAUACCUCCCCCAAAGAGAACACGCCGGUUAGAUCGUCCUCCAAAAACCACUACACCCCUGUGCGGACGGCCAAGCCGACUCCAGGACAUUAUGGGAAGGAUGCUUACCGAAGUGGAGGACCUGAUCUCCAUAAUUUCAUCUCAUCUGGAUUUGUCACAUUAGGAAGAGGACACACGAAGGGUGAUCAUCAGUAUAACCAUCCGAUUUUACGCAGUGCUACCCAGACCCCUACACAUGAGAAGCCACGAAUGAACAACAUCCUGACAUCAGCCACUGAGCCCUACGACCUGUCCUUCUCCCGCUCCUUCCAGAACUUGGCCCACCUGCCCCCAUCCUAUGAGUCUGCAAUGAAAGCCCACCCCAGCAAGUACUCGUCCCUGAAGAGGCUAACUGACAAGGAGGCUGAUGAGUAUUACAUGAGGAGGCGGCACCUGCCUGACCUGGCCGCCCGUGGCACUCUACCCCUCAACGUCAUCCAGAUGUCCCAACAGAAGCCCUUGCCGCGAGAGCGUCCCCGCCGGCCCAUCCGGGCCAUGUCACAGGACAGGGUCCUGUCCCCACAGCGGGGUCUGCCUGAUGAGUUCGGCAUGCCCUACGACCGCAUCCUGUCAGAUGAGCAGCUGCUCUCCACGGAGCGCCUGCACUCCCAGGACCCACUGCUGUCCCCGGAGCGGACGGCCUUCCCAGAGCAGUCCCUGUCGCGGGCCAUCUCGCACACGGACGUCUUUGUGUCCACGCCCGUGCUGGACCGCUACCGCAUGACCAAGAUGCACUCCCAUCCCAGUGCCUCCAAUAACUCCUACGCCACGCUGGGCCAGAGCCAGACGGCGGCCAAGCGCCAGGCCUUUGCGUCACGCAGACACAACACAGUGGAGCAGCUGCACUAUAUCCCCGGCCAUCAUACCUGCUACACAGCCAGCAAGACUGAAGUGACCGUGUGACCAACCGGACAGGGCCAGGCGCCUGGCGGGGCAGGGCAGCGGCAGCAGGGGCCUGGAGUGGAGCUUCUCGUCCCCACGCGUCUCCCUUCCCUGGUCCCUUCUGUAGGAGGUGGGGGUAGGCCAUCUUUGCCCAGACAGCCAUACGCCCAGGACAUAGCCCGAUGGCCUGACAUGGCACACUCAGACCUGGGAUACAGAGCAGUCACUCUCACUCUUCCAGAAGAGUCAAAGGGGAGUGAGGAGAGGGGCCAGACCCAGUCUCACCCUCCCCGCCACCAACUCCCUUUCAGUCCCAUGUCCCCUCUCCCCUUCCUGGAGGCUCAGCUGCAGGUUCUGUCAGCCAGGAGACCCUGGCCUGACCCUGGUCCGAAGUUGCCUGGGUUUGAACUGGCCAGUGGGUGCAGUCGAUGGGCUGACCGAAAAGGGUACUCGGUCUUAUUCAUUUACCUAGAACCGCACCACAGGAAUCUUCUAGUGCCUAAAAACUGCCUGCUCACUCUCUCGAGCCAGGGAGCUGCUGUGUCCAUAAGCACAAUAACAAUCUCUUUUGCCUGCUGGAACUUUCUGGUUCCCACUGAGUGGCCCUUCUUUCGCUGAUGCCCCAUGCCCCUCCCCGAGCCUCCUCGGGAUAGGGAGGGUUUUCCUUCCCUCAGCUGCCUCCCCACUGUUGGGAACCCUGCCCAGGUCCAGCUGGCUGCCCCGCCCAUAAGAUCCCUUUUACCACUCUUCUGGGGAAAUCUGCCCCUUCCCUAGCCCUAGAUGUUUCACCCCCAAGUUCCCUGGCGCUUUGCUCUAGCCCUCCCAGAGGAGAGUAGCAGUGGGGUACAGGGACUUUUGGGGUGCCCUCCCCAGCAGCCUGAUUAUGUUCUCCAUGCCUCUUGGUCUGAACAAUGACCCACCACUCAGGCCUGCCUUCCCCUCCCCUGCUCUGCUCCCUAGAGGCAUCUGCCCAUGGCCAGAGAACUGCGGGUGGGGAGGGCCACUGUGAUGCCCUGGAUUUCAGGAGCUCACCAUUCCCAUUGUCCAGGGCUCCACCUGUCUCCCACAUGCACGUCAGGCAGGAUGGAGGCAGAGGCUUCUAAAUAGGGGUGGCUCAGCCCCCAGUCAAGGAGGACCCGAGUCCCUUGUCCUGCACCUUGCCCGCUCCUCUAUCCCCAUCAGUGCCCACUGCUUGGCCCCUUCUCAAUUUAGAACUUGCUCUCUCUGCCUGUUUCCCCUUCUCCGACCUCUCUUCCCCCUGUAGCUCCAUUACUCCCUCCUGGUUGUUGCUGCUUCAGACCAGUGCCUCCUCUGGAUCAAAAGGACAGAGACCCAUUAGCAAAUGCAAAUAAGGUCCUUCUGGCUAUUGGUCUGGGGGCUAACUGGGCUGCUCCCCAGUCCUUCUUCUACAGGGGGCACUAGGGCACCAGGCAGAUCCAUGCCCUCAGCUCUGUUGGGGACUGCCCCUGCCAGCCCAUCUCAGCCCCUUCCUUGCCUCCAACCUGGAGGGUGAGAUGGAUGUGACAACCUCCUGGAUAGUGGACAGUGAACUAAGCAGCAUCCACUCUCCCAAGACCAGAGCCAGAAAUGGGGAGAAAAGGGGCUCCUCCAUUCUUAAGGCCAGGGCACAUCCUUGGGUUGGGGCUUGGGAAAUCAGCUCCCGACUACUGGGUGAAGGUAUGAUACUAAAAAUGUGACUGUCACCAUAGUCAGACUCCAGAAGCAAUGACCUUAACCUGGGAUUUUAGAUUCCCCCAGUUCUGCAUACAAUAUGUGUGGCCCUUUAAAAGGGGGGUGGGGUGGGGAGAACUUCCCAGUGUCACCCUGGGAAUUUUUAAUCUAACCAAGUACACUAUCCACAGAGAAAUCAAUUGACUGAUUCCUCUUAUUUCAAGAGUUCCAAAGCUCGUCUCCCCCAAAUGCUCCCCAGUGUAUGAAUCAGGAGGGGAUUACAGCUCAGGGUGAUGAAACAGCCUUCAGCCUCCCCACUGGGGUGGUGUCACUAGGACUCGGAGGCUGUGAGGACAGGGAUAACUCUCUGCCUUCCUCCCCUACAAACACAUAAACCUUCUCAAGGGCUGGUCCCCAGGGGUUUAUGAAAGUGUUCCAGAGGCAAGGCUAAGAGGGUUGGGCUGGAGGAGGUCAAUCUAAACAGAGCAGUUGGUGACUUCCAGAAACAAAGGUAUGUCUCAUAGCUGGUCCCCUAAACCCAUGGCCUUCUAACCCAGCCCUUGGCAAGUCCCCUUGAAGGCUGCCUGUUGGCUCACAGGGGAAAGGAUGUGGGUGGGUGAGAAUCCCCUCACCAAGUAUCUAUACACACAUACACCCCAAACCAGAAACCUGAUCUCAUCUCCCUCAUCUUGUAUGAGAGGCGUCUUCUCAGCAUCAAGUUCUCCAGCCCUGUCUGUCUGUCUCAGGGGUUGAUAGAUAGCUUGAUUCCAAAACAUUUCUCAUCCCCGCCUUACUGCUGUCCAGUUUAAAAUCUCUGGUGUCAGUGGGGUCAGAAAGUUCUACCUGAACCCUUACUUCUUUUAAAUGAUUCUUCUGCUUCACCAUUGGGUCUGGAAUGAAGGAAGGGAAUGAGGGAGGGAGGUGGAAGGGAGAAAAAGGAGAGAAGUCUACAAACUUGCUUCAAUUCAGUCCCUCAUUUCAAAAUUCAUAAGAUCGUGUCUUAACUAGGACACAGAAGUAUCUCAUUUACGCAGUCGUCCCAUCCAUGUUUGCAGAACAAGCUUAGCCACAUUACUGGACAAGUUUAUAUCAGAUAAGAGAGGAUUCUGGGGCUGGAACCCAGAAUUCCAGCCCCACCAGCCCUCCCCUACAAUUAAAGUCCCCCUCCCCCAGCAAGGGAAGCCCAAAGCCCCCCAUUUUCCUCUGCUUGCUUUGUUCUUUGUACAAGUCUCCAUUGCUCUGAUUGGAAUGGACUGAAUCUGCACAGGCUCUCUCUUGCCCUAAACGUUCUUGCUGGUCUACUUGGCCUUAAUGGCAGUGAAACUCUUACUCGUGCUCUUCCACCUUUCCUGUCUUGUUCCUCCAGUUAACUCUUGGCUCCAUGAAUUCAUAAGCCACAAUUCCCAAGAAUUCCUUUAACCCCCUAACUGGGCUUCUGCCCUCAGGGCUCCCCAGUAUCUUGGGUGAUGGGUCUGCCUUCUAGAAAGUUCCAAUCCUUCCCUUAAUUUACAUUUCUCUUUCCCUUUCCACUCUUCCACCCUGAAACUCCUGUUGUAACCCUAGUCUUCUAUGCCAUUCAGUCUUUCCUUCCUCUCAUUUCCCUGGCCCUGGCUUCUUCCUCAAUUUACCUUUCUCCAUCCCUGCUUUUUUUCCCCUCGGUCCUUCUAGUUCUAUAACUUAGAGCUCUCAAUGAAAACAAUCAAAGAACCAGACAUUCUUCAUGUCUUCUGUUUGCCUCACUGGUUUAUCCUUUUCCUCCUGUCCCUAUGAGACGAUACCCCAGGGCACGUAGCCAAGCGCUCUCCCCUUCUGAUCUUUGGGAGGAAAGGGAGGGAAGCUGCCCUGUCAGAGGCAUCGUGACUCAAAGAUCAGCUUUGGUUCCUGCAGCUGGCAAGUCCCCUGAAGCUCCUGCCCCGGCCUGUCACUAACCCAGAGACUCCUACUCUGGCCAAAGAUUCAUAUCCUUGAGGGCUCUCAGCCACUGUUCCACCUCACUUACACCUGUCCUGCUUACGUGUGUCACAGAUCCCCCUUUGUUCUGAAAGAUUGGAGAGCCUCAUAACUCUCCAAGCAUGGAGAAAUACCCAUUCCAAUAACCCUGCCACCAAACAAUCCAUGUUCUUCAGAGAUACCUUGUCUGCCACCAGCCUUCCAUCCUCAGAGUCCAUCCACAGGCAAAUGUGGACUUGACCCAUGGUAUUCUGAAAGGGCUGCUGAUGACCUGGACCCUAGAAAGCACUUGCUCUGGGAAGAGUUGACAUGUUACCCCCCGCAUACAUUUCCCCAUCCUCCCCAAACCUGGGAAACUUUGCUCUGAAGUAUUUUCAAGGAAGCUAGUUGUGUUUUAAUGAAGUAUUUUUCAGGGUUCAAAUGUUAUUUUUUAUAAAUGCAGCAUUUUAAUGACUGAUACAAUAUGAAAGAUAUGUCUUCCUGAGCUCUAUAUUUGGUUUCAGAAGGCAGCAUACUACACAAGGAAAAAGCACAGGGCUGAAGCUCCUGGAGACAUGGCUUCUGCCCUGGCUUUGUCUCCAUCUUGCUGUGUGACUGAGGACGAGUCACGCUCUUGCUCAGUGUCUCAGUUUCCCAUAAAACGAGGAGCUUAGACUAGAUGAGCUCUGAAGUUUCAUUCAGCAAUCACAUGCUAGGGCUUUCAUCCACCACUGGCACCCCCGCUUUUCUUCGCAUUCCUCCCCCACAUAAACUGAGCUGCAUGCAUUCCAUUAAGGCUGCCCUACAGUGAUGUCCUCAGAGGCCCUAGACAGCCACCAGAUUCCUUGCCAGAGCCUGGGGUGGGCCCCAUGAUUUCGGCCACCUCGGGAUGUUUUCAUAUCUGAAGGUGUAUGGGAUUCCCAUUCAGUGGUUACCAGCCACAUUUCAUGGAAGUCCUCUCAUAUCGACACACCUAAAUCAUCUGGGGUGUUUGUGUCAUUGGGAAAUACUGAAUUUAAAGUUUUCAUUUUGGUAUGGUCCCUAAAGCUGGAGGGAGGCAGUUCUGAUUUCAGAGAGGGGACAGGCUUGGGGAGAAAGGUCCAGAGGUUGGCCCACAAGGGCAUGGAGUUUGUAUUUGAGAGCAGCUUGGAAAUGCAUUCCAAGGACAGAGGAGACUGCCUGGCAGAGGCUCUGUGUGGCAAUGAUGUUACAUCUUACUCCAGAGGCUCUGAUCUGAAGACUGAGUCUGGAUACUCCCCGUUCCACCUGGAGGAGGGGAAGGCAUCAACCCCUUGGGCUGCUAGGAAGUGGGUACCCAUCCUAGUACCUUUCUAGACCCCCCCUGUGACACUACUAUCCUCCCAGUGAAAGCUUGUGAAGCAAGAAUUGAGAGUACAAGUCAGUAUCAUCAAACCCAUCUUGUAAAUCGGCAAACACAUCAACUUUCAUCCGUCAGAGAAAUGACAUUAUAUGUUUCCUUAAUACCCUCCUUCCUGAGGGAGAGGAAGACCCCUGCUCAACUUCGCUGCCCACUCCUGCUGUGACCCUUGGGAGAACUCAUUCAUUUGCUUCGUAGUGGCAACUAUUCCUCUAGUUCUAUAACUCAACUAGACAUUUUGUAGUCAAGAAUUCUUGAAAUUCUCUAAUAAAAAGCAAUUCUUACUGUAAUAUUUUUAGUUUGGGGACACUAUUUCCUAAAGGGGGGAUUAACGAACAUUUUUAUGCAUUAGCCCAAUUUAUGAAUUCCGUGUUUAUUAUAUGGUAGUACUGAUGAAAAGUACCUUUCUAUCUGUACCUUUGCACAGUGUCUUCAUUCCUCAUCAGUAAGCUUCAUGAUGAGCAGUGCUCUCGUAACUGCUGCUUCUGUACAAAUCUUAUCAUUCUACUUACCUGUCAAAGCACAGCCUAUAUGUACUGUAAACAGAUAUCACUUUAGUAAGAUUUAGUCUUAAGGACUUUUCCACUUUUGUCAGUAACAGAUAUUUAUGGAUUAAAAAAAAAUAAAGCCGUUUCAACAUAA